AUGGCGGAAUCCGAGUCGCAAGGGGCCACCAAAUCGCGGUCGAAGCAGCCCCGCGACGAUAUCUGGUUGCGCGUGGAGUUCCCAGGGGAAGACCUAUCCGAUGUGAUUCGCAUCCGAGGCGCCACGCUCGGCGCAAACGCGACGAUCCUAGACCUAAAAGAGCGACUCGCUGAAACCAUCGCGUCGUCCGGCUCGGAAAGCAUACCCGUCCAUCGAGUCUUCGUGACGCUCCCGGCGGCGCCGGGCGCGGCGGGAAAUGCUGAGGAGGCGCGACAGCUGUCGGCGUCGGAUUCGCUGGACGAGCUUCCCGAGGGCGCGGGAGGGCCCAAGUGGCCGUUGAUCGCGAGGGUGCGAGGCCCAGCAGCCGCCGCCGCACCAGCAAAGCCUGUGCCAAAAAAGCCGCAGACUCUGUUCGAAAAGGGCUUGGCGGGAAAAGAUGAGCCGCCACAGAUCCGAAAUGCCAUGGACAUGCGCGAUCUCUAUCCGGGAGGAGUGCUCCCUAGAUCAGGCAUUAAGGAUGAGAACCUUAUCAUUAAGAUUCUCAAGCUGGCGCUGGUCUUUGCUCUGCUGGUGGGCAUAGCAGCAGGGGCCAUGUACCUGCUUGGGGAGGUGCUUCCGAAAUACUACAGUAAUGGGAACACUCCUCCGCCUUGGGGUCGUCAGGAUAUGCCCGGAAUGCAUACAGAGUUGUGA